AUGGCUCGGCCCACGUCUUUGUCAGGUGCCUCCAACACCGUGGCAGUUCACUUACAGGCAGACUUUCCAGAGGCGACCACACUCUUCUCGAGGUUUGGCGACAUUGCGCGGCUUGACACCACCUUGAGUGCCGUCACCGGAUUGGUGUUCGUGACCUUCUUUGACGUGAGGGUCGCGCAGAAGGUUCUUCAGCACUUCGGAGCGCUAGCCGAACCUUACCCGUCGGCCGCACGCGACUUUCGUGCAGUCAGCAUUUCGCCAAAGGUCAUCGCCGAUCUCCGGGACCAAGUAGGUCAGCUCCACGGCUAUGGAGAGAUCGCUGGCAUUUCGUUGUGUGAAGAGGAAAUCGCUGUGGAGUUCUACGACAUGCGUGCAGCUCAGCGAGUGACAAUGUUGAUCCCAGCCAGCCGGCCCAUAUGCCAGGUGAGCCAGGCCGCCGCACAAGGCCAAGAAAUCCAAGGUCAGAGCAGCCAGAUUCCUGAGCCAUUCUGUGACUCGGCUGAGUCACUGCCUCCGGCUGAGUGGGUGCAGGAGCCUUUGGGCCUUGCAUCAGUUCCAUUGACCAGCAAGGAAAGUGAGACUCCUGCCACUCCUCCGUCAAAGGGAGGACGUAAAUGGCAAGGGAACGGCAAGCCUGUGCGCGAGAAGAUGGGAAUGGAGGACCUGCAGAAGUUUGACAUCGUCCCUGACAAGAUCCGCUCCGGCGAGGACACACGCACGACUGUGAUGGUGAGGAACAUUCCCAAGGCCUGCAGUCGAGAAGCGUUUGUGGCACUGCUGCAUCCUUGUGGUUUGUCAGACAGCUACACCUUCUUCUACAUGCCUUUCGACAAGCGUCGCGGCACGCACUGUGGCUUUGCAUUCAUCAACUUCCGGACCCCCAACGACGUAUUAGUGCUCUGCCAGCGCAUGACGCCAUCUUUCUGGCGAGCCUACUUGAAGCGGGGUCAUUUCACACAGUCGACGCUGCCGGCAGUCAGCUUUGCUCGUUUGCAGGGUCAGGAGCAGCUCACGAAGCACUUCAGCCUUUCUGCCGUGAUGCGAGACAGCAAUGCCAACAGGCGCCCUGUGUUCUGCCAGAAGAGCAACAACAUCAAUUCGGAGGAGGCAACACGCAGCGAGCUGCCGGAUUCGGGUCACCUCACGGACGACCUGCAAUCUUGCUAUGUGUCCAGCAAAGUCCAUGACGUGAGCUUCUCAGAAAAGGAUCUUUUGGGCUGGGAUCUAAUUGGUGAAGAGAGCAUUGUCUUCCUCUUGCGCGGUGGACAGGGGGCGUGA